GAAAGAAAACUUGGAAAAAUAAAGGAAAACGUCAACAAUAAAUCGGAAAAGAGAUAGCUAUACGGCAUUAGAUGAUCACGUGGAGAGGUGUUUACGGGGUUUAAGAGAUUAAGCACAAAAAUAUGAAGAUCCGCACCAGGAGGAGCCUCUCCUUCGCCGGCUGCGGGUUCCUGGGAAUCUACCAUGUCGGCGUGGCCGUCUGCCUGCGCCAGUACGCCCCCCAACUGCUGCUGGAGAGGAUUGCCGGCGCAUCCGCCGGAGCCUUGGCCGCCUGCUGCCUGAUCUGCGACCUCCCCAUGGAGUGCAUGGCCAGGGACUUCCUGCGGGUUGUCCAGGAGACGCGUCGCCACUCGCUGGGCGCCUUCAGUCCGUGGUUCAAUCUGCCGGAGUGCCUUCUGGAGGGGAUCCAGCGCGGCCUGCCGGAGGAUGCCCAUCGGCGGGUCAGCGGACGACUCCACAUCUCGCUCACUCGCGUCAGCGAUCGCCGCAAUGUGGUCAUGUCGGAGUUCAGCUCCCGGCAGGAGCUCCUCCAGGCCCUCAUGUGCUCCUGCUUCAUUCCCGGACUCUCCGGCCUGGUGCCUCCGCAGGUGAGAGGAGUUCGCUACAUGGACGGUGCCCUUUCCAACAAUCUGCCUCUGCUGGACGAGCACACGGUGACCGUGAGUCCCUUUUGCGGGGAUAGUGAUAUAUGCCCGCGGGACCAGAACCCCCAUCUGCUGCAGCUGAAUAUCAACUGGGCGAAUACGUGCAUCCGGUUGUCCAGGCGGAAUUUGCGGCGCAUGGUACGCAUCUUGUUGCCGGGCAGAGCGGACUUCAUGGCCAACUUCUGUCAGCAGGGAUACGAUGAUGCGUUGCACUUCCUGCACCGGAAUAGCCUGCUCAAGGAGGGAUUAAGGGUCAAGGAAAAGGGCAUGAUCGUUUGGAUCCAUCAGCAGGAGGAGAGGGAAAAAGUGCGUGCGGAGAAAGCAAGGCAACUACAGAAGAACCACUUGAAUCCGAAACUUAUUAAAGAUCAGGAUCAGCAGGACAAGAAGCCUCAGGUUCAGAUGGAUAAGAAGCCUAGGAAUAGAAGGCAAAAGCCUCAAAGGCGAUCCAAGAAUAAUCAGCGGGAGAAGCAAAAAAAGAAUGUUAGGAAUCCGGAGCAGGGUCUUCCAGCAGAGGCUAACAACAGGACUCAGGAGAAUCAUCCAAAGGAAAAGCCACAUGCGGCGCCUCAGGGGGAGCAUCAUCACCAGGAUCACUGUGCCAGCUCCCUCAUUAGCUCCGCCUGGUCACUCCUUCGUCGCGUGAUGACCGUCCAGCCGCUGGCCAGGCACAUGGUCCAAAUGAUCGCCCGACGCCUCAGCCAGAGUCUCACGCUCUGCGAGCAGCCGCACUUUGAUCUCGCUCUGAUGCAGGCACCCACCUCCUCCUCCUCCUUCUGCUCCCCGCCCUCGGAGCACCUAGUGCCCCCCAUCGACGCCACUGGGCGAUAACGAUAGCGACAAAGUCAGGGCCAAACGAAUGUUCGAGGCCAGCCAUGUGGAAGUGGGAGAUCAGGUGGCUGAGGAAGAGGCAUGGAGCGGCGACCAUUAGGCGCCAUCAUUAGCUUUAUCAGCAAUCGUCAAUCGAUCAGUUCCCAAUUGAUUUUUAUACCUGUUUCCGCAAUUACUUCCAUUUAAUUGCCAAACAAUCCCGUGUUUUGUUUUCUCAAAUGUCAUGUUUUAAAUAUUUUUACCUUGUACUUUUAUUAACUGUCGUGACCUAAAUAAAAGCGAAAAAUAUAAAAGUUA